GUGUACCGUAGAGACUGCAGAAAGGCAUGGCUAUGCAAUUGUGUGUUCAAGACCACUAUGUGGUUAUCGAUAAUGGCAUUCUACAAGUUACAUUAUCAAAUCCUGAUGGCUUUGUCACCAGAAUUCAAUAUAAUGGCAUUGAUAAUUUGCUUGAAGAUAGUAAUGAUGAAGAUAACAGAGGGUACUGGGACCUUGUUUGGAGCGAACCAGAGCAUACAGGAACCACUGGGACAUUUGAAAAGAUCAAGGGAACGAGCUUUAGGGUUGUAGUGGAAAAUGAGGAGCAGGUGGAGCUUUCCUUCGCAAAAAAAUGGGAUCCCUCCCUUGAGGGCAAGCUCGUCCCGUUGAAUAUAGACAAGAGAUUUGUAAUGCUUCGUGGUUCCUCUGGAUUCUACUUCUACGGCAUUUACGAACAUCUCAAGGAAUGGCCAGCUUUCAAUCUCCCCGAGACCAGGAUUGUGUUCAAGCUUCGAGAAGACAAGUUCCACUUCAUGGCUGUGGCUGAUAAUAGGCAAAGGUGUAUGCCGCUGCCGGAUGACCGGUCACCAGAAAGAUGCCAAGUCUUGGCCUAUCCAGAAGCAGUCCUCCUUGUCAAUCCCUUGGAGCCAGAAUUCAAAGGAGAGGUGGAUGACAAGUACCAGUACUCAUGCGAGAUCAAAGAUCUCCGUGUUCAUGGUUGGAUCUGCUCUAGACCACUCUUGGGGUUCUGGCAAAUCACACCCAGCAAUGAGUUUCGAUCUGGUGGACCCAUCAAGCAGGAACUGAGCUCCCAUGUCGGUCCUUAUAACCUUGCUAUGUUUCUCAGUGCUCAUUAUGCGGGAGAAGAUUUGGUGCUGAAAUUUGGAACCAAUGAACCAUGGAAGAAAGUUUUCGGCCCAGUUUUUUUCUAUCUUAAUUCGGUAUUUGAUGGAAGUGACCGGCUUUGGCUCUGGGAGGAUGCCAAAAUGCAGAUGAUGGUUGAGGUCGAAAGCUGGCCCUACAGUUUCCCAGCUUCAGAGGAUUUCCCCCAAUCAUAUCAACGGGGGAAUCUACGUGGUAGAUUACUUGUCCAGGACAGGUAUAUAAGUGAUGAAUUUAUAAUUGCAAAAGGUGCUUAUGUGGGACUGGCACCACCAGGAGAUGCUGGAUCAUGGCAAAGAGAAGGCAAGGAGUACCAAUUUUGGACCAGAGCAGACAAUGAAGGUUAUUUCUCCAUUAAUGAUAUACGUGCUGGCAAUUAUAAUCUUUAUGCAUGGGUCCCUGGUUUUAUUGGAGAGUACCAAUAUGAUGAUGUUAUCACCAUAAGCCCAGGUUGUGCUGUAGAUAUGGGUGACCAUGUAUAUGAGGCUCCUAGAGAUGGGCCUACAUUGUGGGAAAUAGGUAUCCCUGAUCGUUCUGCUGCAGAAUUCUACAUUCCUGAUCCCAAUCCAAUGUAUAUCAAUAAACUUUAUAUCAAUCAUCCUGACAGCAGGUUUAGGCAGUAUGGUUUGUGGGAGAGAUACACAGACCUGUAUCCAGAUGGAGAUUUAGUUUACACCAUUGGUGUCAGCAACUAUAACAAGGAUUGGUUCUUUGCUCAUGUUACCAGGAAGCUAGAUGAUGACACAUAUCAAGGAACAACAUGGCAAAUCAAGUUUGUUCUGGACACUGUUGAUUGGAGUCAAACCUACAAGCUGCGGUUGGCACUUGCAUGUGCAAAUGUUUCUGAAUUGCAGGUCCGAAUUAACGACCCAAAAGCAGAUCCUCUAUUUUCUAGUGGAUUGAUAGGGAAGGAUAAUGCAAUUGCAAGACAUGGAAUUCAUGGACUCUACUAUCUCUACAAUGUGGGCAUCUCAGGUGCUCAACUCAUGGAAGGGAAUAACACCAUUUUUCUUACACAACUGAUAAGCACCAGCCCUUUCCAAGGGAUCAUGUAUGACUAUAUUCGCUUAGAAGGUCCCCCCUUCUAAUUCUGUUUCACAGAAGAGAUUUGACUUUGUUUUAAUAGAAAUAUGAAGUAUUUCCCAGCUUGAGAAAUCUCCAGUUACGCAGAAAAGAACCUCUACAAGGAAGACUCGUGUUUGAGAAACUGUAGAAUGUUUUCAUGUGUCAUUUGCCUAGUGCACAAUCCAAUUCUUAUAACCAAAUCUUAUAACCCUCUUAAUCCAAUUUGUUUCUUCUUUGUCUUU